UUUAGUUUUUAUUCAAGGGCUUGUAAUCCCAGGUAUUCCAAAGGCUGAGGCAAGAGUUUUGCCAGUUCAAGACCAGCCAAGGCAACAAAGUCAGACCAUGUCUCCAAAACAAAAAAUUUUUCAAGGGCUGGGGUGUAGAUUAGUGGUUCAGCACUUGACUAGCAUAACAAGCAAGGUCCUAGGUUCACCCCCAGUCCUGCAAAAAUAAAAUUUGUAAACAUUACCCCCAACAGUAUAAUUAACUCUUUAGACACCCAUUGCCCAGAUUAUGUUUUCUUUUAACUAAAUCACAAGCCCAUAGCCAGUCUCACCUCUCAAUGUAAAUCUUUUUGUGGCAGCCCAUGAGUUUUAAAUAAUUAAGCCCCACAACUCAUCACAUUAACUGCUUAACUCACUUGGCCCUAUCCAUUGCCUCUUGAGAAUUCUUAUCAUUAUUAGAGAAUUCAGAAAGUAUAAGUUCUUUAUAAACAUUAUUAUCAAUUACAGAAAAUGCUUCUUUAGAUUUACUAUGUGCAGGUCAUUGUAAAGGGCUUUAUGUAUCUUCCUAUUUAAUUCUCUAAAACUGAAGAUUUGCACAUUUUACAGAUGAAAAAACAAGACAGAGAGAUUAAUAAAAUUGUCCCAGACCUGAGUUAGGGUUUGGACCAAUCAGACAGCAAUGCCAUUUUCUUUAAUCAUUAGAAUAUGUGGUCUUUUGUAGUAAUAAACAUUGAAUUAACUCACUUAUGUGUCAGCAAGCUUUUCUGGGGUAUGUACAAACUAUUUCUACAAUUAUAAACUUAAGAGAAAACCCUCCAUGCCCCAGCAACCAGUUCAUACCUGUUCAAAGCACUUAAGAUUGUAUGUCAAUGGUUGUUUACACAACUAGUUUUUCCUAUAUCCCUGGCUUUUUCAAGGCCAGGGAUUGUGUCUUAUUUGUUUUUAUAUCCAUAGGGAUUAGCCAGUUCCUGGCAAACAGCUAGGACUCAAAAAGUUUCCUAAGUGAAGAUUUGCACAUUUUACAGAUGAAAAAAACAAGACAUAGAGAUUAAUAAAAUUAGGACCCUGUCAAGCCACUUCUCUUUGAUGCAGCACAACACAAAAAGAUCUCCCACCAAGAUAUGGGAUGAAAGACCACAGGCUUCUAGCUCUCCUCAAAAUUGAGAGAUCCUGCAAUGGUUGCAUCCAGAAGAGGGGGAGGAAGGCCCCACACACUGUAGAUAAUCCAGGUUUGGGUUGGAAAACAAGGUUGAAGUUAUUCAUUAGCAGGUGAAGGGGUCAAGGGUCGAGGCAUGGGGGCUGGAAGCGAGUGGACUGAGCAGCCCUCGGUGAAGAGAGCAGUUAAAGCACCAGUUACCCCACCAGACCACCAGCUCCUUCCCACCUGAAGAUGUUCAAUCAAAUUUGGGCAGCUCUACUCUACCUCUAUGGCAUUCUCCUUAACUCCAUCUAUCAGUGCCCUGAACACAGUCAACUGACAACUCUGGGAGUGGAUGAGAAAGAGUUCCCAGAGCCCCACCUGGGCCAGUGGUACUUUAUCGCAGGGGCAGCUCCCACCAAGGAGGAGUUGGCAACUUUUGACUCUGUGGACAACAUUAUCUUCAACAUGGCUUCUGGUUCUGCCCCACUGCAGCUCCAGCUUCGUGCUACCAUCCGCAUGAAAAAUGGAUUCUGUGUGCCCCGUGAAUGGAUUUAUCACUUGACUGAAGGGAGCACAGACCUCAGAACUGAAGGCCGCCCUGACAUGAAGACUGAGCUCUUCUCCAGCUCAUGCCCAGGUGGAAUUAUGCUGAAAGAGACAGGCCAGGGUUACCAGCGCUUUCUCCUCUACAGUGAGUGGAAAUGCAAGGCAGGAAGUGUCAGUGAAACAAGGGAAGGCAGAAGGGCUCCCCAGUCUGGGCCCUUAGACAUCCUUUCAAAAUGGGCUGAGAAUUUCUGUGAGGUCCUGGGGGUGAGAAGGAGGGUCUUUGACUGGCCUGGCUGCACCCUGCCCUUUCAGAUCGCUCACCACACCCUUCUGAGAAGUGUGUGGAAGAAUUCCAGACCCUGACCUCCUGCCUGGACUCCAGAGCCUUCUUACUAACUCCCAGGAAUCAAGAGGCCUGCAAACUGUCCAGUAACUGACCUUAACUUCAUCUGUGCCCCCAGAACAAUAUAGCGGUUGCUGAGUUGUUGGGGGAAAGAGAAGCUGGAGACUCCUGAUUCCCUUUCAAGGAAAAUAAAAAUGAUUUUUCAAUCCA